AUGAAAACACUUGCUUUUGAGAAUUCCAAAUUAAUGUCGCGGUUUCUUCUUUUUCCCUUUUUAGAACAAACGUUAUCACAUAAUGAAAGAACUGAUUAAAGUUGAGAAGGAAUACGUUGGGUCACUGGCAACAUUGGUUAAUUGUUACAUGAUUCCGCUGAAGCAAGAGAAAAUACUGGACGACCAACAAGUGGAUACGAUAUUCUACAAAGUCAAUGAAUUGCUCAAUUUUCACAUGAGUUUUCUAAACACAUUACAAAUGUGGGAGAUUACCAAUACGGUUGGUGACAAGCUGCUCGACAUGUUCUCGCGUGAAGCAGUGACCUCUUGCUAUUGUUCGUUUGUGGAGCACUUUCCGAAUGCAGAGAAGACUGUUGAGUCCUGCUGGAAUAUCAGAGCCUUUCAGAAGUUCUGUGAGCAAAAACUACGGACCUUACGAAGCAAAUUGCCACUAAAAGCUCUACUAGUUCAACCGGUUCAGCGUAUUCCCAGAUACGAGCUUUUGGUUCGGCGGUUGAUCGAAUACACACCUAAAGAGUACUCAGACAACGCGCUGCUAAAAGAAGCUGAAAUCGCUAUCCACCAACUAGCUGUUCGCGUGAAUACCGUUCAAGCAGAUGGUCAAGAUGAAUGUCUUGUGGAUGGACUGAAGUUGUUGGAACAACUCCUUGCCCCUGCCACCUUGACUCCAAGUCGCACCUACAUCCGACAUGAUAUCAUCUCGCUCGAAGAUAGAAAAGACCCCGUGUGCAUGUUCACCUUCACCGACCAGAUUGUGUUCACCAUAGCCAAGCGUCGUGGAAGUCAGCUGAUCAAGAAACCGGCUGUUUUACGACUACCGUCUCCUAAAGGUUUGGACACCAUUGAAAAUCUGAAGUACAAAAUAUUCCAUCGCCUCGGGAUUGAAGCAAUCGAAUUCGAAGCACGCGAGGCAAACGAUGGAGACCAGCUGGUGCAACAUCGCGAGUUACGUGAUAAAAAAGACUUGGCACUGUUAGCUGAGAUAGAACACAUAUCUGGUAAAUUGGAAUACCGGCAUCACGAGUUGGAUGUUGUUGUGCGACAGUUAUACCAAUCUGUUCAGCAAGAAUUGGAAGAUCUUCGGACAGCUCGGUACACUUCCUCGUCGAUGCCAAAAAACCUGUCCGUGUUCACGGCAACAAUGAAAGAAGGUAUCGAACGCUAUGAGCUUACAUUCCCCACUCACGCAAAGCGGAAGGAAUGGGAACGUACGGUGAUGGAGUUGAAACGGCAGCUGAGUUCUGUCAAACGAACGUCCCGGUUCUAUGGAGCGUUAGAAAUACCUCGCACUUUAUCAGGAAUUCAAUUAUCAUGUGCUGCAGUGGUAGAAGUGGUUCCCCUCACAAAAACCAGUCCUCAGGAAGUCUGGAUCUGCGCGGUGGAUGGGUACACCGGGUAUAUUUGCCUUUUAUCCCUGCAUCCGAAACCGAUGAUCAAUCUGAACGUUCCUUUGUCUGGCUGUAACUCCAGAAUCACCUGUGUUUGUGCUGUACCAGGAUGCACACCCCUAACAUCCAGGCGGCUAUCGGGCAAUAUCGCUGGAGCUAGUGGACAACACCGUACGGCCGGAGAAAAGGCGCGUCUAUUACGGCAACGGAUGACUCUGUCAAAGUCAGAGGAUGGCCUAGAGGGAACUGCAGAAAGUCAAAGUUUAGCCAAACAGACUAAAUCUGUGCAUCCGUUUCGACAGUUUGCCUCCAAAUCAACCGACGAGUCGUUCACUGAUAUUUCAAGUCUCAGUUCGACAGACACGAAAACCGAAGCAUUGAUGGAGAAUCAACCGGGAGUAGAGGACACAACUAUCCACCUUCCAUCUGCUGAACCUACACCACCCGAUACGCCCAUCGCUAAAGAGAGUCUACAAAUGGAUCUGGACAACGCGGGAAUAUUAGCUACGCCACAUCCGUCCGAUGAGACUUUAUUCAAACCUGACCAAUCUACCUCGGUGUCCAGUCCAUCACCGUGCCAGUUCAAAGAACAGACGGUGAAUCUUGAGUCAUCGAAAACAGAAGUCGAUCAGGUGGAGGGGGUGGCAGCUGCACCGGUCGACACAACAACGAACGAUCCGGAAAUCCCGGCAUCUGAUGCUUCGGAUUCAAGUGAUGUCAGUGAGGCUGAACAAGAUGUACAAGAAGAAACAUCCACUUCAAGUCAAAAUACACAAAUGAAUUCCAAAUCAAACUCCGAUGAUCUUCCAAACUCCACAGUGGAAAUUGAAACACCGGCAAGAACAGACAAGAACCCGAGACUUCUGGAUCCUCACCGUCCAACCAUGUGGCUGGGAACGGAAGAAGGAUGUAUUUUCAUAUUUUAUGCCACGGAUAAUAUCAAAACCAGCCGACAGAGACAGCGCGUCGAUUUGUCUUCUGCCGUCAACAGCAUUCUCCACUUGGAUGUGAGAAUCUUUGUUGCCUGUGUGAAUGGGGAUUUCCUGGUCUACGACAGAAACUCAGAUGGCCUGUGGGACGUUGAUUCACCCCGACUGCUGAAAAUACAACCAGACAAUGAAGAACCAAUCGUGGUCAGAAGGAUGCUUGCUGUGGCCGGGAACAUUUGGUGUGCAGCGCAUCGAUUUAUUUAUGUCCUGAAUUCGGUCACAUUGAAGGUGGAGCUUUCGUUUCCACUCAACGGAAAUCCAGCCGACCCGCGGGGCAUACAAAUGAUGGCUUACGGGAACCAAACUGUCUGGAUUGCCACGGAGAACAGUCCACGUAUCAGUCUGUACCACGCAACGACUGGAGAGUUUCUCAUGGAAAUUGACCUCAAACCAAUCGUACUACAAAGUCUGCAACACUGUGACGAAAUAAUCAUGCGCCACAAAGAAGCCUGUCUUAGGAUCACGUGUAUGGCAGUUUGCAAGGAUCUGCUCUGGGUCGGGACGAGUGCCGGUGUGAUCGUCACAGUGGCCAUACCUCGUGUCAGUGUAAACUCUACACAAGCGAACGUGGAGCCUCCACAAUUGGAAGUCCUUCGGCAAGGUCAUAUCGGACAAGUGCGCUUUCUAGUUAGUUUGGAAAGUGUAACAGAAGGUGAAUUUCCUAAGCUACCCGAGAGAGCCCGAGUGACUUUCCAGCCCAAAUCCCUCGACCACUCGUCUUUUGAAGAGAUACCGGAGACCGAGAAAGUGGAUAACAGUGAUGAGGAACAUACGAUCAAGGUGCCGAGUCUAUGCGCACCACGACCACAAGACUUAACAUCACAACACAGAGGUGUUGGUGAGAACCUCGAAAUACCAUCCAGAAUACCCACAGUCAUUCGAAAAAAGGAACUCGAUACCCAGCCGAAGCCGGAUGCUAACACACUGGCUCCACCCAAUCCACGUCACUAUUUGCUUGGAGUGCGACGUGCAUCGGUUAAUCCGUGUGCUACCAUUGCAACACAAAUGAAAAUCAUCAGCGGAGGCGACGGAUAUGAGGAAUACGUGACCAGUGAACUAACACCGCCUGUCCUUGCGGAACCAACGAUCUCCGAUUCUUUGGGUGACAACGAUGCUCUCAAUCAUGUGUUGAUUUGGGACGUACAUUAAAACGUCAUUAUUCUGAUAGCCGUCAAUUCUCCGAACUAAAAAAGAACCACGGAAGUGUAAAUCUAACUGGACAGUCAAGCAAAACUGUGUUCAUCUCGAGAACGCCGCCCAAAAUGAUGCCAACCAAGGCAUUUGUGAUCUUUGUCGGAUAUCCAUUAUGUUGUUCCGAUUUCCGGCGAUCCUAUCUACAAUCGACAUUAGGAUAGGUUCCAACGUGGUCUGUGCAGCGAGAAAAAAGUAGCUGGUUCUACUUGUAGUUUGUGUUUGCGCCUAUGUCAGCGAUCCCCCCCCCAUGUUCAUAAGUGCUUCUAUAUCCCAACAUCUUAGAGUUCUGAUAUCAGUGCCCAUAUCACCUCUUGGUGUGAUUGAGCACCUACUUCCUUUUUUCCCUUUCCAAGCGAAUAAGGCAGUUUUCCACUGAGAAUGUGUAAAAAAAGUAACUGGUUUCUUGACCCAAUCCCACAACAUCGCCCAUUGCUGUUUUUUCUCAUUUCUGCACGUUGCGAUCCAUAUUCUCUCACCCAUUCUUAACUCGAG